AUGCUACUAAGAAAGCUUUGGAGGACAUUGACUCCAAGCUCAUUAGCCUUGAGUGUUAAGAAAGCCGUUAUAUAUGCUAUUAUCGCUGUUUUUAACAAUAAUCCGCACCUUAAAAAUGACUUAAAACAUCUUUACUCUUCUCAUGUUACUAACCUUUCUGAGUCUGUCAAGUCUGCUGGCAAGGCUGGUGACACCGGUGAAAUUGAGAAGCUUCAUGUUGAAGUGUCUAAAAAAAUUACUGAAAUUGACGCGGAAAUUAAAGAUCUUGAAAAGCCUAAUAACCUCUAUAAUAAUCUUCCUUCUUCCCCCUCUCUCUCUGCUGAGUCAGACAAAUUGCAGUCCAAGUUGGAGGCUUUGAGGAAAGUGGAGAAGCUUUGUGGAUUUUUGACUAAUUCUAAUAAUCAUCCAAAUGAUCCUAAAAAUCUCUUAGAUAAUUUAUGUGAUGGUCUCGAAACCUUCCUCGGCUUCAAUCCAUCUUCCAAAGGCUACACUGGCCAGGGGAUUGUGUACUCUGACCUGGACAGGCUGUGUGAUGCAGUGAUGGGAUUUUUGAGUGGAGUGCUUGGUGCGGUGAAAGAUGAUGAAGCAGUUAAAACGUACGAUAAAUACAUGGAUAGAAAGCUUAGUGAAGUACUAAAAGAGGUAAAUAAAAAUAUUGGCUCCGGGCGUGAAGGGCUUGUGGCGUCUGUCGACGCGGUGAAGGGGUGGUUGGAGGGGUAUGAUAACCAAAUCAAAUGGUUGACAUAUAAUGUUAUGAAUGAUAUGAACGAGUUAAUUAACGAUUUAGGAACUACAUACUACGUUUCUAUAAAAGCCGAUCAAAAUCUCGAAACUCAGUUGCACAUCUGGAGGUCUGUUCUCCAGAAAAUAAACGACCGAUUUACGCAGAUGGAACACAAUGUUGAAAAGUUAGAUCCGGCGUUACACGAACAGUUGAAAAAGGAAAUGAUUAUUUUCAAGAGGUCAUUAGAGCUGUUACAGGAGUCGGCGAAAAAUACGUCGUGUGAGGAGCAGAUUAAGAAGGUGGAUGAAACAUUGUCGGAGCAGAAAAAUUAUAUACAAAAACAGAUCGAAGAUGGGAGUUUAAAACUUAGACAAACUUUGGAUGCCGACUUGUGGAAACUUCGCAAUUUUGUCAAGUCUUUGGAAGAAACAAAAAACCAGAAUAUUAAGGAUAUACAGAAUCGUUUGGAUGAUGCUAAAACCUUUCUGUCAAAUAAUUUCGAUAGAGAUUACAGAAAUGUAAUUACUGGGCUUUUUUGUGACAUACAACGACUUGUUGAGAAUGUUCGAGGGUCUUUAAUCGUAAAGAAAGCAGAACUGGCGGCGUUGGUAGAAGAGGCUCAGACACACUUUAAAGAAAUUCAACGAGGGGUUGGUAAAGAAACUGGAGUACCAGGUAGUAUAUAUGAACAAUGGGGAUUGCUUAAAGGAAGAAUUUCGAGGAUUGUUGGAGACCUUCAUGAUAAGAAGGGAACUGCAACACCGAAUUAUUUAGGCAGGAUAUUGAAUAACGUAACGAAGUAUGUCAGUAAUUUCAGAGAGGAAUUAGGAGAUGACGGGAACGGUUUUAACACUGUAGUAGAGCAGUGGAUUGGAGAGAUUUUGGGGCUUGACCCGGUGAGAGGGUGGGUUGAGGAUUAUGUUAAUGCCAACAAGAGUGCUUUGCAACUACAAUAUACGACGGAUACUCCGAUCGGAAGUGGAAUCUAUGAUACGUUAAACAAGAAGAUUGCAACUAAGGUGAGGGAACUACUUCCUACAGGUGUUAUUAGCAAUGCCGUCGCGAUGGCUAGCGGCUUUAACUCGAACGGAACCAUAAAUGAUCAUGUUAGAACCGUGCAGUUUGUUUGCAUUGCAUUUGCGAAACAGCUUGGCGACAAGAUCAAGGGAACUGGUCUUGUGACACUUUCCUCCACUAUAGUAGAUGCGGUUAACUUGGCAGUAAAGCGUGCGGAUCAGAAUGUAAGCGGUACUCACAUUACCCGCGCAAUUCAAUUUGUUCUUUACGAACUCGUUGGUUCAGCUCACGGAGCAAUUGCCGAACUUCAGCGAUUCACAUCAACGUCCGACAUGGAAGACCUACUGAAGCAGGCUGUGAAAAACGUCGACAUUAUUGGCAGAGAAUUCGACGACGCAGAUACAGGAGAAUACGGUAAAACAAUCACGACAUUGCUGAAAACUGCAGAGGCACAAAUUGGCAAGCUGGGAAAAAUAUUAGGAAGCGCAGGAGUCACACUUAAAGACCGCGUCGAUAAUAUUCAGUGUGAGAUCAUUGAAAAUCUUCAUGGCAUUUGCAAGAAUGAUGACGAAGGUGAAAUCAAUAAAAAGGGUAAAACGGCGUUCGAUAAUAUCGAGGCAUUGAAAAGCAAGCUGGGUGUCGACAUAUAUCUCAUCGGGGCGGAGGUUCAGAACACUGGUGUAUAUCUACAGUAUGCAAUCGACGCCGUCAGCGACUCAUUGGGUGCAGCUUAUAAGACAGCCAUGACAUCCGUUUCAGAACACAGGAAUGCGCUCAUCGACGCAACUACCAACGCAUUCGACGAACUAACCUCUCAGGUUCAAGCCAUGUCAACCAGGCAGAAGCUUGCGAACCUAGAAGCGCUCAGAACGCUGGUGAGUGGGCAACACGAAAUCAUACACGAUGUCAUUAAAUAUAAUAGAAACAACGGCGUUAAGGGUCUAUUAAAGUGGCUGUUUAAAGGCAAAGGAAAUGAACUCGGUAAACUUAACGUUGAUAUAAGUCCAACUAUCACACCGCAAGAACAUUCAAACAAGUUCAAAAAAUUAUCAUCGAAAUUCCAACAAUAUGCUGACGUAAUUUUGUCGUACACCGAGGAACAAGUAAAGACGCCUGUGCCAAACAAGUUCCCAGAACACAAUACCCAAUCUGGUCAGGUUCGCAAAAUUAGAACCGAAUUUGACAUAUUACUCGAUCACCUAAAAAUCAACGAAAAUAAAAAAUACAAUCUUGAUGAUGAAUUUGAAAAGAAAUUAGCUGUACUGAAGAACAAUGUAAAUUCCCGAACUCCCGCUACCUCCGCCCUCGACCCCCAAGCGCUGCCGGACGCAGGACGGCCCGUGCUCAAGGCGCUGCGGGAUGGGAUGAUGGGAUUCGUGGAGGAGUUGGGGAAGGGGUAUGUGAGUAGGUAUGAUGGAGGUGAAAGUAUUAAAGAGUGGGUUAAAAGAGAAGGUGAAAAAGACGUUUUGACGCCUGAAGGAAAAAAUGGCGCCAAGGUGUUUUUGACGCUGCUGGAGAUGGUGAAUGAGGACCUCGGGCAUUUGAAAAAUGAAUGUGAAAGAGAUUGGGGAAAAUUUAAAAUAUACGAACAGGAUAACGAAAGCACAAAUCCACUCGGUUCGUUCCUUAAACGAUGUGGGUUCAAAGUCGCUGAACGUGACACUUCCAAAGAUGGCGAGUUGAGGUUACCAUUAAGUGGAUUCAGCGGUGACCAUAUUACCAAAUUGGAGCUUUUCACGUCCAUUCCUCACACUAAUGCCAGCAAGUUCCUUGUAAAUCUCGACAGCCUUAUCACUCACCUCAACCAGUAUAACCAAGUCGGCCACCUUAGGCAUGUCAAGUCGCCUAGGAACCCGUGCAGUAUUUUCGAAAUGCUCGUAUGGUCAUAUGGGCUGCAGCACAACGGUGUCUAUGAUGAAUUGGUGAAAUAUUGUCAUAAGUACGAUACAUCAUAUGAUAAGAAACCAGAUGCAGAAUUCAAGAAGCGGUUGACAGACACUGUGGAUUACAGCCUACGUGCUCUGAGCGAUUAUUCACGUAAUAUACUCACAACCAUACUCGGUACUGGUGACGAAUACACAACGUACGCCGUUGACUACUCCGAUAAUUCCCUCAAUCUGAAAUAUCCUGCAUCAGGUGAGGACUGCCUACAUACGCUGCUGGACAUCCUCCGUAGACUCCUGCCCACAUUGCGAUUUCUGAAUAACCAAUGCAAGCUCAAAACCAAAGACAACGGUUGGUACGAAUGCGAAUAUGGUAUGUACACCGCUCCAGCCAAAUGGCCGUGUACCGCCCACUCAAGCGACAAGGCAACGAGUCAACCAAACACGCAACCAAAGUGCCAACCAACGUGCAAAGUAAACAGCCAAGCAAAUUGCCAACCAACUUCCCCUCUUCAGUCUUACUUAAAUGACUGUCUACCUGGUCACCUACCUCAUCGAUUGAUUGAUGUCGGCUGUAAGUCGGAAUGUAAAACGUGCUCUCCAAGUACCAGCGGCAUGCCGUGUGUGACUCCCCUUGGCUUCAAGGCGUUUUCAUGUAGCACGCGCCGUGGUGAAGACAUAUGUGCUGUGUUAAGCAAAUUCUUUAACGUUGCGAAGCUUUCGCCUUUAUUCUGCCUGGCGCCCAAACCACCAUCUACGCUGCCAGAGCACAUGGAAUUUGCAUUAGCGUUAGUCAAGGAUUGGGAUUCCGAUGCAACGCACCCUCUUAAAAAUAGUAUUCAUUCCACAAUACGAGGCGCAUCUAUUGAACUAUGUGGAAAGCCGGAAGUGCUGACCACUGCGCUAACAAAUGCGUACGGUUCAUAUUAUGGCAGCCAUGACACCUGUGAUGAUCAGCACAUUUCUAGUCUCACAAGGUGGGAUGCGUGUCCUGCACAGAAUAAACGUUGUGCUCCAUACCUUCAAUCCUUAUGCUACGAUUACUAUAGCUAUCUUGUCAAGAAGCACUGCAAUCUAUACUUGUCAUGGGCUGUAUACCUACCAUGGGAUUUCUGGACUCAACUGAACAAUAUGUGCAACGCGUUCAGCAAUAUCUCAUGUCAAGAUUGGGGAUGCAGAGAGUGUCUGCGUGCCGACAAAUGUAAGCGUGGAGAGCAUGGGCUCAGCGUGAAAAAGGAUGACGAAUCCGAAGAGCCAAAUUGUCGAUGCCCUUCGAUUAUCAGCUGCAAAAGCGUUUCACCUAUGUUGUACUCUUAUGGAUUAACCUUUGGUCACCCUACCAAAAUUCUUACCAACAAAAAAUGUAACGACUUUUACAAUCAGUUGCACAGUGUCUUAAAUUCAAAAUAUUUUAUUGACCUACUGACAAAAUGUGAUGAAUACCUGCGCGAUAUUAGAUGGCCAUUUAUGCUCACCGUCCUGACCCUCUGGCUCCUCUCUUUCCUCUACCUCAUCCACAUCAUGGUCAUCCGCCUAGAUCUCCUCCAUAUCAAAUCGCAUUUGCAUAGUCCAUCAUCGCAUCGUAUCGCUGCUCAAUCCUUACUUGCUGCUGCACGUGUUAACAAGCUUAACAGAGUGUUUUACCUGCAACCAUAA